ACCAAUCUAUCAGCCAUAGCUCAUAGUAAAGCAUCCUGCGACCGGUUUCAAAGUUAUACAGUCAUAAAAAACAUAAAUAACGCCGGCUGUGCACUAAUAAGCCAUUUCCGAGGUGAAGAGAGAAGAAAAACGAUCAAUCAUAGUAUUGUUCCUAUGCCGUAUCCAUCUUGUCUCCAUCCUGGUCCUUGUCCUUGGAUGACUCCUCGUUUUCCUUUUGUUGGGACUCUCCUCCCUCCUCCGGAAUUUUUUCCAAGGCAGCUUUGCGUUCCUGCUCCUCUCGCUCCCGCCUUUCCUUCUCCUGUCGGUUCUUUUCCUCCUCGAGGGAUAGCCGCAGUGCGAACGCCAAUUCCGGAUCGUUCUCUGCCGCAUCUUCAAAGCCGAAUGCUUCGCCGCCCUCCGUACCGGCAGCACCAACACCGAGACCAGCACCCUCGCCGCCCAGAAUAG